UCAAAUUAGAAUUUUCGUUAGAUUUUGGCUUGUUUAGUAUUGUUCAAAAUUUAUGAGUAUUGUUCAAAAUUGUAGCUUUUAAGAAAAUAACUCCUUAAUAGAAGAAUGAACGAACCGCAUAUUCGUCGUCAAGCGAUACCCAUACUCUACACCCGUGGCUCCCACUACGAGGUCGGUUUUGAUAUGGGCCGUACAUUUGGCUCGAUGAUAAGAAAUCUUCAGACUCAAUGUCAGAUUCUGAACCAUAGCUUAUUACCGCUCUAUAACACCCCCAAGGGCAAAAAAAUCUAUGACGAAACUUUGGCAUCAGUAAAAGCUAGUUUUCCACAGUACAUACUCGAAUUGCAGGGCGUGGCUGAUGGCGCCGAGGUGGAAUUCGAACAUUUAUUUUUAAGGCAAAUGGACGCAAUUUUACCGCAGAACAUGUUAUGCCCAGCAGCCAAAGCUUCCUGCGGCUGCUCCUCGAUUAUAUUAAACCAAAAGCAUUGCCGUGUGAUGGGCCAUACGGAGGAUGCUCUGAUAGAGACUAUGAACCAGUAUUAUUUUGUGGUAGCACACAUCAUUAAUGACCAGCCUCAGGGAAAGUAUAAAGUGAAAGAGGAGCGUUUCAUGUCACUCUGCUAUGCUGGCCUCCUGCCAGGCUAUACGUUUAGCGAAAAUCACCAUGGUCUCGUUUUUACCAUCAAUACGAUAUGUGCAAAGAAUCUACGAAGCGGCAGAACGCCCCGAACUUUUAUAACCCGAGCUCUACUAGCCUCCUGCAAUAUGGAUGAUGUCCUCAGAGUGGUAAUAGAUGAGGGUGUAGGCGCAGCCGAUGCAUGUUCCAUAAAUUUAGCAUUUCUUAACGAUCCGCGUAAAAUGUGCUAUAAUAUGGAAUUCGCACCCUGCCCACAGGGAAAGAAUAAGUCAAAAGUAUGCCUCAAAGAGAUUCCCGUUGGCACUUACAAUUAUCAUUUUAAUAAAUUUGAGGGUUUAUCAUUGGAUGAGACCGAUGAUAUACUACUUCAGUCCAGUGAGGCGCGAAAAGAAGCCAUGAAAUCAUACAAGCCGCCGGUGAGCGGUUCAGAUGUACGCAAUAUGCUUGGAGACGUGUCGGGUGACCCCUUUAACGUAUGGAUGGAUAAAUGUACUGAUGUCCUCAGGACAAUAUGUGUUGCUCUAUUCGAUUUAAAUGCCAGAACGCUUUCACUAUUUUCGGAUAAUCCCAGCAGUACAGAACCGGUUUGCAUAUUGCCAUUACUAGAGAAAUAGUUAUGAACCUUAUUUAAUAUAACCAGUAAUCAUUUGGUAUCCAAAUAAAGGUUUUUGGGGUCUACCUUUUAGCAUAUUACAUA